AUGGCGACCAAUGGCACGGCCAACGGCCACAGUCUCCCUGCUCUGCAUACAAACGCCGAGGACUUCCUCAAGCACGACUACGACUUCAUCAUUGUCGGCGGUGGCACGGCUGGUCUUGUUGUGGCGGCACGACUUACUGAGAAUGAAGAUGUGAGCGUGGGCGUGCUCGAAGCUGGUAAUAGCAAGCUUGGAGAUAUGCUGGUCGACUCGCCAGUCAUGUUCAUGCAGACGUUCAACAACCCGGAUUAUGAUUGGGGGUUCAUGACGGAGCCGCAGAAACAUAACAAGGGCCGAAGACAUCACAUUCCACGAGGCAAGGCGCUGGGCGGGUCAAGUGCGAUUAACUAUAUGAUGUAUGUUCGCGGAUCACUGCAAGACUACGACGACUGGGCCAUCAUCGCAGGAGACGAGGGCUGGAACGCCGAAGCCUUGAUGCCAUACAUGCGCAAGCACCAGACUCUGGAGCCCAUCGACGACUGCGUUACCGAUCGCUCUACUAUGCCUUUCGUGGGCGAGUACCACGGCACUUCCGGACCCGCCAGGACCUCAUUCAACGAUUGGCGUCUGCCCAUUGAAGACGACUUCAUCAAGGCCUGCGAUGACGCCACUGGUUUGGACAAGAAGCCGAACGAUCCCUGGUCAGGAGACCACAUUGGCUUCUACAAUACCCUUGGCCUCGUCGCCAGGUCGGGACCAAACAAGGGCAUGCGAUCUUAUGCUGCCCGUGGAUACUUCGCCGCCAACGCACAUCGACCAAAUCUUCACGUCCUUACAGACGCCAUGGUCCAGCGUAUCGAGCUUGAUGGCGACACUGCCACUGGCGUGACGUUCAAGUGUGGAGGCAAGGAGCACACUGUCAAGGUCAAGAAGGAAGUCCUCGUCGCUUGUGGUGCGAUCCAAUCUCCUCAGAUCCUGGAGUUGUCGGGUAUUGGUGACCCUGAGAUCAUCAAGGCUGCUGGUGUUGAGCCCAAGAUUGAGAAUAAGGCAGUUGGCGCGAACUUCCAGGAUCACGUUAUGACUGUGGGAUGCUGGGAGGUGAAGCCAGGCAUCAUGACUCUUGAGGCUAUUCAUAAUCCAGAGGUUAUGGAGGCCGCGCAGAAGCAGUUGGCUGAGACCGGUGGUGGUCCACUCACUUCAGUGUGCACCAUGCAAGGAUUUUUCCCCUACAAGAUGUUCGCCACCCAAGAAGAACAAGACCGCAUCGUCAAAUCCAUCGAAUCCGACCUCCCCAACCUCACCCCCUACCAACGCAAACAACACGAACGCACCCUUGCCCACCUCAAAGAUAACAAAUCCGCCAACCUCCAACUCGUCCUCGUCCCCUCCCACUUCGGCAUGGAAAAAGGCGUCGAAGACCAAAGCGUCGUCUUCCCUCCCCCUGACAACCCAGAAGACCCCGGAGGCGUCAGCGCCGCAAUGUGCCUCCAAUACCCCCUCUCCCGCGGAACCGUUCACAUCAAAACCUCCAACCCCAACGACCACCCCGCCGUCGACCCUGCCUUCCUCUCGCACCAGGCAGACGUCGAUGUCCUCGCCGCGGGGCUGAAGAUGCUGGGUAAGGUGGAGGAGAGCAAGCACAUGAAGUCCAACAUCACGAAGCGGCUGUUCCCGCCGGCAGAUGUUGAUAUGGAUAACACGGAGCAGAUGAGGGAGUGUGUGAGAAGUCUUUGUCUGAGUGAGUAUCACCCCUGUGGCUCUGUGGCGAUGGGAGAUGCGGUGGAUAGUAAGUUGAAGGUGGUCGGGACGAAGAAUAUUAGAGUGGUGGAUGCGAGUGUGUUCCCGAAUCAUGUCAGUGGGAAUAUUGUGAGUAGUGUGUAUGCGGUGGCGGAGAAGGCGGCGGAUAUUGUUAAGGGGGAGUAUAUGUAUGGGGCGCUGAAGGCUUAG